CCUCGAAGUCUAGAUUGAGCGAGCAGCCAUGGAGGACACGACGACCCAAGAGGCGGAGGCGGCGGCGGCGGCGGAGAGGCCCUCGUCAGCGUUGGCUUUGAGGAGCCUCGCGGACUACACCGUCGGGGCCAUCCCCACCCUCUUCUAUGUCCCCGACUUCGUCUCCCAGUCCGAGCAGUCCCAGCUCCUCCACCACAUUUACCAGGCGCCGGCGCCCAAGUGGAGAUCCCUCAAGAACCGGAGGCUGCAGAACUGGGGAGGAGUGGUGCAUGAGAAAGGGCUCCUGCCGCAGGCCUUACCUUCAUGGCUAACAAGGAUAACCGACAGAAUCUGCCAGUGGACUGGUUUAUUUCCUUCUGCAAUCAAUCAUGUGCUGAUAAAUGAGUAUCAUCCUAAUCAAGGGAUCAUGCCACACCAAGAUGGUCCUGCCUACUACCCUGUUGUUGCAAUCAUAUCGCUCGCUUCACCUGUUGUGAUUGAUUUCACACCCCAUCAAAGGCUUAAGGAGCAGGAGCAUACUGAUCGACAAAACUUACAGAUCAAUGAGUUGCUGGGGCCUGUUAAGAUGGAGAGCAAUGGCUCUGGCUCACAUGAAUGUGGGGCCACAAAUGAAUCUGAUCCUGCAUCUUCAUCACUUGUGCUGAUGCCCUGCAGCCUGUUGAUAUUUAAGGAUCAGGCUUAUACAGAUUACCUGCAUGGCAUACAAGAUAAUGAACUACAUAAUCUGGACAAGGUCAUGAAUUUGUCGCGGUGCCCAGAAUUGAAGCAUCUAAGUCCUGACUCCAUCCAAGGGAUCAUGGAUGAGCAACAUGGCACGUUCCGUAGGACUGCCACGAGAGUGUCUCUAACAUGUCGGUUGGUGCUUAAAGUCCACAAGAAGCUAUUCAAAAUUUAGUAAUUCAUAUAAGACUCUUGUUUUUAGAGUAGUACCAUUGCACUCUGGUAAUGUACGGAGAAGUAUUAUGGAAGUUGUUUGGCGAGCAAUGUGUCCACAAAAGAAAACAAAAAAUUAACCAGCCACAUUCUGAUCUGGAAUUUGAAAGAGCCGAGGAGAAGGAAGCUGAUGAACCUGUCUCGGUUGAGGGUUUUGGAUGUACUACCCUUAUAGAUUUUGUAAUUCUAGAGGAUUAAUUCACAUGUUCAUAUUUGAGCAUGGGGAUCAAAGUCUCCGAUAUGUAUACUAUGAGACACUGAAGAUUUGAAGCCUUCUUCGUAUACUGAAGUAUAAUUCUGAAA